AUGACAUCGACCCUCGAUCCUAUCAAUCUACAUUUUGUCAACUUCAUCUCUAACGGUACUCCAUUAUAUCAAAAGAGCUACCCAGAGGCCCGGAGGACGCUGGAGGAUAUUCAGAGGCACAAUCCGGCGGCCAACAUCAGCCAGCAGAAGAUCCAGGUUCCGUAUGGAGCAGGAAAUGUCGAGACCAUUAUAUUCCGCCCGAAGGCGGCUUCGGGCUCCCUCCCUGUGAUUUUUUAUACACACGGUGGUGGAUGGAUUCUCGGAAGCCCUAAUGCUCAUGGUUCUCUCAUGGAAGAUCUGGCCCGUCAGACAAAUGCGGCGGUUGUCUUCCCUUCCUAUACUCCUGCUCCCGAAGCGCAGUAUCCCACGCAGUUUGAAGAGUCCUUCGCUGUGCUAAAGCACAUCAUGGGAAAUGGCGCGAAGUUGAACAUUAAGUCUGACACGGUUACGUUGGCAGGAGACAGCGUUGGAGGGCACAUGGCAAUUGCAAUGGUGCAGAUGGUUCAUCAGCGCCAGCUCCCACUCAAGAUAUCUCACAUGGUGCUGUUCUACCCGGUGACUGAUACUCACCAGAAGAGCAACACGUACAGGGAGUUUGCGAACGGGCCUUACCUGACGGAACGCACCAUGGACUGGAUGAUUGAUGCGUUCUUGCCCAACCCUGAAGACCGAUGUAAUGCGUUGACCUCUCCACUGACCUUUGCAUCUGACAAGGAAUUGUCUCGUUUCCCACCCACGACCUUGUUUGUUUCUGGGGCGGAUCCAUUGAUCGGAGAAGGAGAGGCGUUCGGACACCGUCUCCAGAAGGCCAGGGUCGAAACGACCUUGCUGAAAGCUGAUGGCCAGAUUCACGACUAUGUGAUGCUUGAGCCCGUUCGCAAGUCUGCCACGGCCAAGGCAGUAGUCGAACUAGCCUCCGCGAGGCUGAGGGACGCAAUGCGCGGCUUACGGCAUUGA